AUGCAAAAAGCCGCUCUUUCCUUUGUCACACAGAUAUGUCCGUUAAGGUCGAUUUACCUCGCGAUAGUAAUAGGCGUCAGUCAACCGAUGUUAGUUCGAACGUCGGUGGUUAACUUGGAUCUGCGACGCUUUCCAAUGUUCAAUCAGUCUAUAGAGGUGAACAUUGAACUUUUUGUUGCCUACGUAUGCUGCGCCGGGUGGGCCGUGUGCGGCGGGUGCGGGGGCUGCGAGCGGCGCGGCUCGCGGCGGCGGUCGCGGCGCGCGCGCCUGUGCGCGGGCGGCGCCGCUUGCCGCGCGCUCACUCACUCCGACACUGAGAUCCCGCUCGCUCUCCAGCCUCGUAAAGUGACCGCGUGA